CAUUGUCAAUGUGACGUUGAAGGUCAGUCUGCUAUUAAAUUUCAGUGCGCGCGCAGUCAGCAUCCACCCGACUCGCACCACACAAUACGGUUGGGUUUUGGAAAGCGAAAUCCGUGCUCCGACUUGCUUGUCAUUUGCUUGAUAGCUUCUGCCAUGGCUCCACCGCGUCACAUCUUGGAGUUGUCCCGAAAGGAGCAACGUGAAUUCAUUGAUUCCUUCGAUUUGAUAAUCAGCGAUUGUGAUGGUGUGGUCUGGCUGCUAGUUGGUUGGAUACCCGGAACUGGCGAGGCUAUUAAUGCUUUAAAGAAAGCCGGCAAAGGCAUCAAGUUUGUAUCGAACAAUAGUUUUCGCACCGAUGAGCAGUAUAUGGAGAAAUUCGAGCAUAUAGGAGCUAAGGGCAUAAACAUUGAUGAUGAUGUAGUGCAUCCGGUUAAGACGAUGGUACGUUAUCUCAAUAAGCAUAAGCCGGGAGAGCGGGUUUACUCGCUAAUGUCGCUUGAGGCCAAUGAAACGUUGCGUAAGCGUGGCAUAGACUACGAAUCGCUGCAAAUAAAGGAUCAUUUGACUGCUGCAUCACUGGUGGAUAAUCUUAGCAUCGACAAGCCAGUGGGCGCUGUUCUCUUCGACAUUCACCUGGAUCUCAGCUAUGUGGAGCUAGCCAAGGCCAUUCGUCAUUUGCAAAAUAACGAUGACUGUCAAUUAAUUGCUGGAGGCAGUGACGUGAUAAUGCCACUCGCCGAGAAUCUUAAUGUGGCCGGUUUCUUUGAUUUUCUCGAGCAUGUGAAACGUUAUACCCAAAGGGAGGCCACUUUCCUGGGCAAACCAUCGCCCAUUCUGGGUGAUAUGUUCCGGGAAAUGUUUAACAUCCAAAAUCCCGAGCGUUGCAUCUUUGUGGGUGACAUGUUGGUGCAGGAUAUACAGUUUGGCAAAUCGUGUGGUUUCCAAUCCCUUUUGGUCCUUAGCGGUUGUCUAACCAAAGAGGACAUGUGGAAGGCUCCGAAAGAGUCACAGCCUGACUAUUAUGCCGAUAGUUUGGCCGAUUUCGUUCAACUCCUAGAGAAUAUAAAAUAAGCGAGAGCAUUCAAACAAUUCAAAUCAAGUCACAGCACUUUUGAACAAAAAAGGAUUGUACAAUAACCAAUAAAUCGCCGUACCUUUUUCACAAAUGAAAUAAAAUACAAAUUGAGAUGAUCCUAAACAUAAAAUGAUAAAGCAAAACCUUUUGCUGAUUACUGGCAUUUACUACAAAUAUUAGUCCGAGUGAGAAGUAGUAUAACAAUCCAUUUAAAAUUCUAGACAAGGCACAUUUAAUAAUUUUGAUUAGCCAAUUGAUUUCAACUUUUUAUUUGUUGCAAACAAAAGCAGAAGAAACCAAACCAAAAUAAAGACAAAAGCAUUUUUACACUAGA